GGAGAAGGGAACUCAUCGGUCGACGUUUUGUGAGCAGGCAACAUUCGCUCGACUUUUGGCUAUCGACGACGACGACAGAAAGACUUACUAUGGCCGAUAAUGAGUAUGGCUUGGUGGACGAUGGUCUUCAAGACCCGUAUGGAGCACUCGGCUAUUUGGACGAUGACACCACCUACCUCGGCGGUGGAGAGGAUAUGGGUGAGAUGGACGGGCUGCAUGUUGACGGAGUUAUGAGUGCCGAAGCCGCGGAGAUGUAUGCCAGACAUCGAGGCGGUAAUAUCCUGGACCCAAACAGAAGCGAAGCAGGGUAAGUCAAGCUGACACUUGUUUCUGCUGAAGUGAACUAGUAGCGGGAGGCGGGUUUAUAUGUUGCCAUAGUCCAACAAAGUGACUAUGUUGCAGGUUUGGUACUCCCAUGUGGCUAUGUAGAGGAGGGAAUCUAGCGGGAAGUCCAUCUAGAGAGACGUUAGUGCGAUUCGUAGUAACUGAAGGAAGACAGACCACAAUACGCUUCGUUAGCCAACAUCUGCUUAGACGGCAACCAGACACUAGCCGUAGGCACGAUGGUUUUAGUAACAGGCAAGAUAGCUAAUUAGAGUCUUUUUCCGUAUAUUCCGCAUGUGUAGGAAAAUGUUCAUAGGAGGUCUGAAUUGGGAGACUACUGAUGGUAAGAAUAAAUCGUUAGUCAUUUACUUCAGAAUCGCGGAAAUUUCCGUCAAAUUGCAUUCGACACGCUGGAUGUGCAUAUGGUUCAACGUGCUGCCGUUUCAACAAUCCCGACAAUGCCUGGGUCAAUCCUGAUCGGUUUAUCAUUGACAUUGCCUGCCAUUUCUGUUUCAGAAAGUAUGCGGGCCUAUUUUGAGAAAUUUGGCGAGGUGGAAGAUUGUGUCGUUAUGAAGGACCCUGCGACAGGACGUUCACGAGGAUUUGGAUUUCUUACCUUCAAGGAUCCUCGCUCAGUGGACGAGGUAGUUCAACUCGAACAUACACUUGACGGAAAGAUUAUUGAUCCAAAGCGGGCCAUCCCCCGCGAAGAACAAGACAAAACAGAAAAGAUAUUUGUGGGCGGAGUUGGCUCAGACGUAACAGAAGACCAGUUCCGCGAGUACUUUAUGCAAUUUGGGAAGGUGAUUGAUGCCACGCUCAUGAUUGACCGUGAGACAGGCCGACCCCGAGGAUUUGGGUUCAUCACUUUUGAGAAUUCUGAUGGAGUGGACAAGGCGAUGGCCAAGCAAGCCCUGGGUGAAUUAGCCAUUAACGAAAAGAUGGUCGAAGUGAAGCGGGCCAUGCCAAAACAUAAAAUCCCGCAAGCUGCGGGAGGGCAGCGUUUUGGAAGACCGGAGAGCUCGUUUGGGGGCAUUCCUGACACGCGCACGUCAAACUUUGGCCCUAUGCGGAGUCGUAUGGGUGGCUACGGUGAAAUGGGUAUGGGCAUGAAUCGCAUGGGCCCACGGUAUGGAUAUCCUGCCGGCAUGCCGUACGGUCGGUAUGGUGGGGGUGAAGGUGCGGGUUUUCCUCCCGGAGGGUUUGGCUACGGAAUGUACGGACGCUAUGGUUAUGGAAUGGAAGGAUACGGCGGGUACGGCCGGGAACCAUCAAUGUCGGCUUACUAUUCUCGAGGUUAUGGGAGCCCGUACGGCUACGGGUAUCCUUCCUAUGGUUAUGGCAGCAUGUACGGACGCUAUGGAUAUAACCGCGAGGGUGGAUAUCGCCGCGCACCUGAUUCCCCUGGGGGCUCUCCUGGACGCGGAUCAUCUUCGCGCGGAUAUGGAUCGCCGGGGGCACGUCGCGGUGACGAUGAAGGGGAAGCCGUGGCGCUCGCUGGCGGCGAUGUCGACGUUAAGCCUAACAUUAGUGGAGCUGGGCCAAGGUUCGACCGUGAGAGGGAUCGCGACAGGGAAUACGGAUCUGGCCGACCAAACGUGCGGGGCCACGGAUUUCAUCCCUAUGCUCGGUAACGAUACAAACGGCUGGACAGGCCGAUUUUCCUUUUGAUCUUUUUGUUUUUGCAUUUUCACUUUGACAAUAAUACGCCACUUUGCCGUAGCAUACUCACCGUGCUCCUCCGCGUAGUAUGAAUUGUGGAUUUAAGUAGAUGGGUGCCUUCAGCUAGAUCCAUUUAACACUAGCGGAAGGACCACGCACGUACACUGUUCCAAACGUCAUAGGUGUCCUGAAACACGUACCACAAAUAUCGGAUAGUAAACGAAGCUAGUUUUAAGUCAGGUGUAUUUACAUGUCCAUAAAAUCAGUUUUUGGAUUUUGCUCUAAGAUCUGGG